CGGAAUUAAUUUUCAUUUUAAACUUUUUUCUCCCGGAGUAUAUAGUUUCUCUCGAACUGUAUAUUUGCGAUAUAAUAUUAUGACUGAACAAUCCUCGCUUUCAGAGUUCUUCGACGCCUCCGCCCUUUUUCAUCCAGAGGCUGAAAAAGAUAAAAUGGAAGCCCAAAUAAUUCGCUAUUCCGGUGAAAAAAACUUGUCAGGCAUUCCAACUCUGGAUGAUAUAGUUGCAGAAAAUGAUGAGGGAUUAAUGACAAUUCUUGAAGAUGCUCUAUCUAAGCAACAUGAUAUUCCUUUUAUGGCCAUUAAGAAUGAAGGGUCAACAGAAAAGAUAAAAGGAAUGUACCGCUAUGUAUUGCGUCUUUAUGGUCGCCUUAUUAACGGCCAAAAGGCACUGGUAACUCUUGUGGGCAUUCAGGUUUUCUUUGACAUUCUCGUACCAGACGGAGAGACCUCAGAUGAAUGCGAAGAAAAGGUGAACAAAAUUCUCUUUAGCAUUGUGAAAUCAUAUAAAAUAGAGCAUAUUAAAGCUUUCCCUUUUCGCGGUUAUCAUACAGAAAAAAAGACAUAUUUGCGAAUUUAUACAAACAGUACUGGCGGUAGAAAGACUGCUAUUAAAGCUGUUCAAGAUAAUAACUUCGAGACUGCAUCAGAUGAUUUAUACUCAUUUCACCGUAAGGUAGCCCGAGAGAACGGUAUUCAACUCUCUGGAUGGUCUAUAAUAAACAAAUAUAUUUACAAGCAAGGCAAAGGGACCAGCCCGCUCUAUAAGCAUGAAUUCGAUGUAUCUAUAAAAGAUUUCUGUCCGCUAGAGGAUAUUACAACAAUAAGUGACCGAUUCCCUAUUUCAGCUCUCUUACGGGAUCGUACUCUUGUUAUCACGUGGGAUAUUGAGACGCAAUCACAAGAGUUGGGUGAAUUUGCCGAAGUCCUUGAUCUGAAUCAUAAUGUUUUUAUGAUUUGCAUGACAUUGCAUUGGAAAGAUGAUCCAAAACCACUAAAGCAAAUAAGUAUCGUCGAUGUUGAGGCAGAACCAGAUCCACGCUGGACCACAAUCGUAUGUGGAAACCAAGAAAAUCUGCUGAAAGCAUUUGCCCUCUACUGGCGAGCAUUUGCACCUGACAUCCAAGUUGGGUUCAACGAUUCUGACUAUGAUUGGCAUUUUAUUAUGGAGAGAGCAUAUCAUCUUAACAUACUCGAGUGGAUGUGGGAGCGAAUGACAGGAAAGUUUGAAAGAAAGAAAGAAAUUAUAAAGUGGAAAUAUCGUGGAAAGAUAGGAGCGAAAUCAGAAAAUGAUUACAUGAAAAAGUACCCUGUUAAGGCUCCUGAGAAAGGGGAGGAGGAUCCAGAGGAGAAAGAAUAUAUGGGUGGUCCAAUUAAGAUCAAAAUUAGUGCGGAAGAAGAUUUUACUUCUAGCUUUCUUGAACUGCCAGGUUGCAUACCAAUUGACGUCCGAGUGUGCCUCAAAAAACGUUUCCCUCGUUCUGAAGUCGAUAAGAAAGGUUCACUUAAAUUUUUCUUACAAAAGUGUGGUCUUGACAGUAAGGCCGAUAUGCCAUAUGAUAAAAUGUGGAAAAUCUAUUCAGAGGCAAAAAAAAACCCCUCCUCAACAACCACAAGAAAUAUGCGUGAAGUAGCACAUUACUGUAUUAUAGAUGCACUGCGCUGUCAAGAGCUUUUGGUAAACCAAAGUAUAAUAAAUGAUUAUAGAGAGGUCGCCUCCAUAGCUUAUGUUUCUCUUUUCGACGCACACUAUCACGCAAAUGGAAUGAAGGUACGAAACCUUCUCGGCGCAUAUGCUGUCAAACGAGAUAUGGUAAUAAGUACAAGGGUUCAUGAAAACAUAGAAAAAGGGAAAUAUCCUGGUGCGUACGUAUAUCUACCUAAAAAAGGGAUUGAAAGUAAAAGACCUGUAACGGGAUUGGAUUUUGCUUCAUUAUAUCCUAGUAUUAUAAUGGCAUAUAACCUCUCCCCAGAAAAAUUUAUAUUUGAUCCAAAGGAUGCCGAUAUUGCGCAAAAUAAUGGAAAUAACUUGCAUAAGAUUGAGUUUUCGUUUAAUAAUCAUAUCGUCCAAGCUUGGUGCAUCCGCCAUGAUAACCAAACGGAAAAGAUAGGCCUAUAUCCGGCCGUAUUGAAGGAUUUAUUUAACAAGAGGUUGGAUCUUAAAGCACGUCUAGCCCCACUAGGAAAGAAAAAGCAACAUCUUGGGAAGAUGAUAAGUUCAACUAAAGAAAGAGGCAAAAAGAUUCCAGAAAGCUUAAAUUUAGAAUAUUCAUCCGUAUGCUUUGAUUACGAUUAUUGGGAUUCGAAGCAAAAAGCUUUGAAGGUAUACAUGAACACUUUUUAUGGGGAAGCUGGAAACUCACUAUCUCCUAUCUUUCUUCGUGAAUUAGCCUGUGGAACAACUACGGCGGGAAAAUAUAACCUUAAUCUUGUUGCCGAAUUCGUAACAAAGAAAGGGUUUGGGAUAAAAUAUGGGGACACCAAUUCUUUGUAUCUUACCUGCCCAGAUAAGUAUUAUGAAAUAUGCGAUAGAGCUUUUAAUGAAGUAAAGCUUUCCAAAGAAGCGUACUGGACUGAAAUGGUCAAAAUUACUAUGGAUGUGAUGAGAAAGUUGCGCGAUCAAGUAAACGCUUAUCUUAGGAUAAAAAGUGGGACCUCUUAUCUAAAGAUGGCUUACGAAGAGGUAUUAUUUCCCGUCUGCUUUACUGGCAAAAAGAAGUACUUUGGGAUUGAGCAUGAAGAUGUAGUAAACUUUAAACCAAAAAACCUCUUCAAGAAAGGAAUAGAAACUGUAAAGCAAGGUAAAUCCCAGCUUCUCAAAUUCAUCGGAGAGAAGAUUAUGAGAGAGGCUAUGGAUAUAAAUAAUACACGUCCAAUUCACGAAAUUGUUAAAGAUACUCUUAGAGAAGCCCGAAACAAGGAAUGGGAUUUCAAUGAAUUUAUCAUAAUGGGUACAUGGAAGCCUAAGAAAAAUAAUCUCUGCAACAAUCGCUUUAUGGGACGUAUGAGAGAGAGAAAUGAGAGGAUUCCUGAUCCUGGUGAACACUUUAGCUAUGUUGUUGUGAAGGGUCCUCGUCUUCGCAAUGAGAAAGGCAGGUUAAUACCGUAUAGAGUUGGGGAUUAUAUGGAGUAUGCGGACAUAGCAAAGGAGCAAAACAUGGAAAUAGAUAUCAAUUAUUAUUUAGGCACUACGGUUGGAAUGUGCGCACGCUUUAUUAAUGAGGAUGAUAGCUAUCAACCGCCCUCAUCACAUAAAAUAAUGCAGAUCAAGGAUUCAGAUGUGAGAGAAAAGAAGAUCGACAAAUACUCCUAG